AACUACUUCACUGUCAAAAGCGAGACCACAAACGCACAGAUCGAAGCGGCAUUUGUGCAAUUAGCUAAGAGACCUGAAGUCGGCGUCAUAUUGAUCAGCCAGCAUAUUGCCAAUCGGAUACGACGCGCCAUAGAGGCACACAUGUCCCAGAAAAACGGGGGGAUCCCCACGGUCAUCGAAAUGCCGAGCAAAGACCAUCCUUGGGACCCAGAGAAGGACACUGUAUACAGACGAGCGCGUGACCUAAUGGGAGCGUAA